UCUACAUUCUACAAUCGUGAUUUAGCACCUACUUGCUCUAAAAGUAUUUACUAUUUAUAGGUUUACUCAUUACAAGAUGUCUCAAUAAUCAAUACUUAUUUCCUAUUCAGAAAUUCACUCAGUAGUCACUCACUGUCUACUCACCGGUCGUUCCGCUAUUCUGCAUUAGUACGAUUGACACCUAUUCGUUUAGUGUUUAUUGAUAAUUCGCAUUUCGACUUUCACACUAAUUUCAAUUUUUAAGUUUGUAAAAUUGAUAAGGUUAAUUCGCCAUUCGCAUAAUAUAUAAGGUUCUUACUUUUAAAUUAAUGUUCUUAAAUCAAAGUGGUCUCACUUCGCAUUUUACUUAUUUAUAUUAAAGUACCUAUUUAGACAUUUUGAAUAUAAUUUGUUGUUAUUAUUAACGUAUAACACAAUAGUGAUACGGCGUAUUAAAUCAUUAGUUAAAAAACUUGUUUUUUAAAAUUGUAUUUUUAAACGAAAAUCAAAUUUUACAAUGAGCAAACCGGUUACUUAUUCGGAAGAUCAAUUAGCAGAAAUGGAAGAAGCAUUUCAAUUGUUUGAUAACAGAGGUGACAAUAAAAUACACAUAUCACAUAUAGGUAAUGCUCUUCGAGCUUUAGGUCAAAAUCCUACAGAAUCAGAUGUAAAGAAGUUUGCACAACAGCAUAAAACUGAUGAACGCAUUCCAUUUGAAGUAUUUUUACCUAUUUAUCAAGCUAUAUCUAAAAACCGUUCCUCAAAUACAGCUGAUGAUUUUAAUGAAGGUUUACGGCAUUUUGACAAAGAAGGAAAUGGAUUUAUAUCUUCUGCAGAAUUACGCCACUUACUUACAACACUUGGAGAAAAACUUACUGAUGAAGAAGUUGAACAAUUAUUAACUGGGCAAGAAGAUUCUUUAGGUAAUAUAAACUAUGAGGAAUUUGUACGUUCUGUAACAUCGGGUUGAAUUGUUUAAUAAUUUUUUAUUUAACUCAUUGUACCUAAUCAUUAUUUACAUAUUUUAAAUACAAUAUACUUUUAUAUUUUGUUAAUAUUAUGCAAGAAAAACGGUGGUUGUUUUGUGUAUGUUUAUAAUUAUAAUUUAAUAAAAUCAAUCAAUUUAAGUUUAUUGAGGGUUUCAGAUGAUUGUUCAUAUUUUUUGGUCCAGCAAAUAUAAGUAUAUAUGUGUCAACAA